GCCAUGGGGACGAGCACUAGCGGCACCUGGCUUGGGCGCCUGGAGACCGCGCCUUCUCCGGGAGGUACCGCUCCCCGGCCCUAGCCAUGGCACAAGAGACUGAAAACUACGACCCCAUCGGAUCGAUCCUAAUCCAGGUCCAUGAAGACCUUUAUCAGUUAAAGGAGAAAUUAACAAAUUUCCCGCUUGAGGAAAAGGGAGAGACUCUAGACAUUCGGAAUCUUGAAACCGCAAUCAAAAGGACUGAAAUGGGGUUAAAAACUCACAUCGAGAAGUAUUUAAAUGUUGUAAACCAUCAUGUGUUAACGACUCCUAUUAAUGAUGAUAAUUUAUAUUCUCCUCAUGCUUCCAAAUGGUUGCUUCCAGCUGUAAUUGAUCAGAAAUCAUUUAUUUUCCCUCUAGAAUCUGAGGGUAAACUUUGGCAACCCCAAAGACAGCACAGUACAUUUCCACAAGCCUUUCCAAGAAAAAAGCGAAAGAUAGGGUUGAAUGUAAAAAUCAUGCACGAUCCUGAAAACAUCCACCACAGAGGUGCUAUAAAUUCGACCUAUGGAAUCAGUUUGCCAUACAUUAAUCAGAGAAAAGCAUGUGAUGAGUGCUUUGGGGAUUGUGCCCAAGUACUUUGA